CAGUAUGCUGGGAAUGCGCGUUCACGAGGCGAACGGUCAUCUUUAAACCCCAGAAAGAAUCUUCUUCCGUUUAGCGCCACGAUUCACAGCGAUAGAUAUAUAGUUCCCUGUAUUUAGGUCUGUAUUUUUACAUAGUCUAGUCAACGGGGAGGUGAAUAACUGGUGAUAUUGAUUAGAUGACACAUUAUGGAUACCGUAUAAGCUAAUUUGGUUGCUUGUUGGUCUUCUGACAGCAACAAAACAGACGGAAAAAACCCCCGAACGAACCGAGUAAAGGAAGGCGUUGUUAUUAGCCUGCUAGCUAAGUUAGCUGUCGUUAGCUCCCAAGCUAAAGGUUUGCUUUAAUAACGUAUAUUUCGUUUAUUUGUUGCUCUCUUGCUCGUUUAUCCACCUCGGACUCGACUAUACGUGAAUAUAGAGGGUCCUGUCUUGUGCUUUUAUCCGGAGAUGAGCGCAAGAUGUCGGUUUCGGGACUGAAGGCCGAGCUGAAGUUUCUCGAGUCCAUUUUCGACACGAACCACGAACGCUUCAGGAUCAUCGACUGGAAGCCUGAUGAGCUGAGCUGCCAGUUUAACGUGACCGGAGAAAAGCUGCUUAUAAUCCACUGCAAUAUCACGGAAUCCUAUCCUUCAACGCCACCAUUAUGGUUUGUGGACUCCGAUGACCCAAGUCUGACCCAAAUUUUGGAACGCCUUGAGGAUGUAAGAAAAGGCAACACGCUGCUCCUGCAGCAGUUGAAGAGGCUGAUCUGUGACCUGUGUAGGCUGUAUAAUCUACCUCAGCAUCCUGAUGUAGAGAUGCUGGAUCAACCUCUCCCCGCUGGCCCUGUCAACCAAGAGAGAAAGCAUGGUACCAUUGAUGAAGUAACUUCAGAGGAGGAAGAGGAAGAAGACAUGGGAGAGGACAUAGAGGAGCUGGAUCACUAUGAGAUGAAAGAGGAGGAGCCAGUAGAUGGGAAGAAGUCCGAGGAUGACGGCAUAGAGAAAGAGAACCUGGCUAUCCUCGAGAAAAUCCGCAAGAACCAGAGGCAGGACCACUUGAACGUAAGUGCUCAUUCGGGAGCGGUGUCAGGCUCCGUCCAAGCUUCAGAUCGUCUAAUGAAGGAACUCCGUGAGAUUUACAGAUCUCAAAGUUAUAAAUCAGGAAUUUAUUCAGUGGAGCUCGUUAACGACAGCCUAUACGAGUGGCACGUCAAGCUAAGAACAGUUGAUCCAGACAGCCCUCUGCACAGUGACCUUCAAGUGCUGAAAGAGAAGGAGGGCAUGGAUUACAUCCUUCUCAAUUUCUCCUACAAAGACAACUUUCCCUUCGAUCCACCGUUUGUACGAGUAGUUUCCCCUGUGCUGUCUGGAGGUUAUGUUCUUGGAGGAGGAGCCUUGUGCAUGGAACUACUCACCAAGCAGGGCUGGAGCAGUGCCUAUUCCAUCGAGUCUGUCAUCAUGCAGAUUAACGCCACUUUAGUCAAAGGCAAAGCCAGAGUGCAGUUUGGAGCCAAUAAGAACCAAUACAAUCUUGCCAGAGCACAGCAGUCUUAUAAAUCACUGGUGCAGAUCCAUGAAAAGAAUGGCUGGUACACACCACCCAAAGAAGAUGGAUAAGAACGACGUCUGGUCAUUCAAACAAGGACAGAAUGUAACGGAGUCAACAGCUGUUCUUCUUUUAGAUCGAUUUUUUUUUUCCCCCUUUUUUUUUCUUUUUUCCACCUCCUUGUUUUUCCUUUUUGUUUUUUCUUCUCAUCGUCUCGCUAGUUGGAGAUUCACCAUGUCUGGAUUAUAGACUUCUGAACUGAGUGGUUUGGAGAGUUAACGGGUAAAACAUAUUCCUCUACCAUGUUGGCUAUACUGCGUGCCACCGCUCAUUCUCUCCCGCUAGUUCUCCGCUGCUUUCUCUUUGGCUGUUUGUUUGGCAGAAUUGAAAACGGCAUAUUUCUUUGAGUGGCGCCCGUGACCACUCGCUUCACGGAUGGACGGUCCUACGAUCGGAGACACCCUACAUUAACACCGGCACGUUAACUACACAAAAACAGGCUUUUCGGAUAUCACGACUUGCCCAAACCUCCUUUAUUUCUCUACCACUUCAAACGUGAACAUUUAUGGAGAAAAAGAAACUAUGGAGAGACUAGAUUUGGGUGGAGGAGACUAAAGUGUUCAACACUUGUAAUGAAGAAUCCACUUUUUUUUUUUUUUUCUUUUUUUUUUUUUUAAAUAUAUAUAGAGAUGAUGGCUAAAUGCUAUCAUUACCCCCAUCUUCUUGUUCUGGGGAUUUUUUUUUUCCUGGUCACAAUGAAAAUCCGACCAGGCCCAUUGGACUCGAUCACUGUAAAGUCAUCAAUUUCCGCCUGUAAGUAAAACUUAUAAAGAUGUAUCGCAGAGAACUUGUGCAUUUCAGACCGGGCCAGAUCGCUUCAAAACAUGCCUGCAUAGCGCGGCACGUCCGUCUGAAGAUUUAUCUUGCAAAUAGAAUAAGGAUAAAUUACUUAAUGGAUAUCCUCAUGUUGACAAAAGGAAUAUCUUAAACAUGUUUUAUGUACACAUUAUGACUACUGCUGUUUUUUUGGGGGGGUUUUGUUUUGUUUUCUCCUCGUGAGAACGGAAGUGAUGUGUGGCUUACGCUGUCAUUAACUGCAAUUGUGACCAUUCCUCUUUAACCAGUGUGAUUCCUGCUGUGUUUAUUACAUCAACACCGUUAUGUAAAACGUUAUAUAUCUGUUUUUUUUCCCCUGUCAACUCGGGCACAUAGUAAGGUAGAAGUGUUAAACGGUCAGGCAGAUUCUACAAAGUUCACUAACGAAAGCCACAAAAUGAUCUAAAUUGUUUUUUUUUUUUUCUAAAGAUAUUUAUGAUGCCCCGAUCCAUCCCUGUGGGGGAAAGAAAUCUGUAACAUGACCAUUAUUGCCUUAAAAACAUCCUUUUUAAUGUCACUGACCUAAUUCACAACGUCCCGUUAAGCUUCAGCUUUCUAAUCUACACGCAGCCGAUCGAUUCGUAACCGGAGGCUCUGUCUAACGUGACGGGCGUCAGAAUCGUCGGGCGAAAUUUUUUGUCUUCUUACAUCAGUACUCUUUUUACUCAUCCAGCAAAACGUGUCGAGAGGGACGUCGUUUAAAACUAGCGUCUCUUCUUACCAGAAAUCACCGUGUGAUCCACCUGGACAUUGUUCCUCUUUCUCCAUGUAAAUGCCUUUGGUAUUAUUUUUCUGUUUCGGUUUUAUUUGCACCAUUAAAUAGCUCAUUGUUACUGUUGAUCGGUGGCUUAUGUAAUUUAAAAACCAAGACAUGGCGCAAGCAGGGUGGGGUGGGGGGUGGAGUGGGGGGUGGGAGCAAAAUGAAUGAUCUCCACAGCAAGGUGAGAAGGCAAGGGUGUAGUGUUGGUUAUUUAUACCAAAACCUUAAGUCAUUAAUGUGUAUUUAAGGAAAAAUCCACCCUGGCUCUCUGAUAAUAAAUCUGACACCUUUCGAAGGUCACAUGUUCAUUCUAAUUAAAUUCUGAGGGAUUUUUUUUUUCCCAUUGACCUGUUGGAUUGUUUUCUCUUCUGUAAACUAUUUCCAACCCACGAUGCCGUUCAGCUGCCUGCCGAUAAGAAAGUAGCGGGAUUUGGCCCACGAGGCAUCUGUACUCUCUUAAGAGAGCGACACAGCGGUGCUUUAGGCGAGAACGCUGUUCUGAUGGCUCACCUUCACAUCUCAGACAGAUCGGCUUCCAGAGCUCCACCUUUUCAACAUCAUCAGUCGAGCUCAGAAUGAUAACCGAUCGGCAGUCGUUCAGGCCGUGUCUCUGCCGUGACCCCGUCAUCACCUAUGUAGAGCUGCACUACGUUCCGGAGCUGUGAGUCGAAUGUUUUGCACCAGUGUUGUAACCUCCACUAUUUCUAGGCUGGAGUAUAUAUCUUAUCUUUAUAAUAUAUAAAUCUUAUUAAGGUCUUUUCGAAAUUUGCUGGAAUAUGGUGAGUUAAGGACAUGAGCUGUUUUUUUUUUUUUUUUGGUUUAUAACCUGACCAACAUCCUGUUUGAGGUUUGUUUCCCUCCCAUUCUUUUGUAACUCUACUAGCAAAAACAUCCGCACAGCAGACAACCAGUGGCAGGACUCAGAAAAAUACACCACCAAGCACCUGAAUCUUGAAGUGUUUUAAUCUAAACCCAUUUCCUGAUUCAGGGCAGACUUUUCUUUUACAUCUCACACAAUCUUUGCUAUCCGAGAGAGAGCCGACUCUUUACAUAACGUAUUCCAGUCCUGCUUCGUUUCCCGUUUUAAAUCCGAUUCUCUCCCAGUGUUCCUCUCUAACGUCUUUUUUUUUUAAUUAAACGCAUCCUUAAGUUCAGCUCACACACUUGUCUCCACCAGAUCAGUUUAAUACCCGUGUCGUAAAAGAUCUCGGGAAUAGCAGAUGCCCAGGCCUUGUUUAGUAAGCAAACGUUUUGUUUGGCUCUACACAAUGUUUUUGAGUUGAAUGGUGGGUUGGAUUGUAACAUCUCACCGCAGUCUCUCAGGCAUGUUGGCUCCUGUUUGUUGGGUGUGUCACCGAGCUUGAGAGCAGCAGGUGAUGUGAGGGGGAAAAAAGAAAACCUCGAUACAACUCAAGCCGCUGGAUUUUAGGUGGACCUGACUUUUUUUUUUUUUUUUUUUUUUUUUU